GGACCAUCGAACGCCCGCACCACACUUUCCAGAUGCCGCCAAGCAUGUCGCGCCUCCUCGCGCUCCUCGCGCCGGUCGCGGCCGCCAUCGACUUUGCCGCUACGUGGCGUGACUGCCCGACGCGCACGUCACCGCGCGCCCAGUGCGCCGACGUCAUUGUGCCGCUUUGCUACCCCGGGAUUUGCCACAGCAACGCAACGCUGUCCGUGCAUCUCGAGCGGAUCCCGUCGACGGCGCAUUCCGCCAAGUCGCUUUGGUUUCUCCAAGGCGGCCCGGGUCUCCCCUCGUCCAGUCUUGACGAGGCCAUGGUGCGCGCCUACGACGCCGCGAACGGCUCGGUGAGCGUCUACACGAUGGACCACCGGGGCACAGGGCGCAGCAGCCGGCUCGAAGAUGCAUGCAUUGGCGUCGACACUCUUGGCUGCUUCGCCGCGCUCAAGGCCAAAUACGGCGACGACGCACCAAGCGGAUUCUCCGUCACGAGCGCGGCCACCGACCUCGCCGCGCUUCUCCAAGGCCCGUCGCUGCGCCACGACGAGGUGUACAUCUACGGCGUGAGCUACGGCACGUACUGGGCGCAACGACUGAUGCACUUUUCACCGCCGAACGUCAAGGGCUACGUCCUCGAUAGCGUCAUGUCGGCCAGCCCUAUGAAGCUCUAUAGCCAGUGGGACGCCGACGUGGCAGUGACAGAAACUAUAUUUUAUACCCGCUGCGACCGCGACCCGUUCUGUGCCGCCAAGAUCGGUCCGACGUCCCAGAAAUUUGCGCAGCAGCUCCUCGCCAAGCUCGAUGCUAACGAUACAGCGUGUGCCCGCGCACUGCCGUCGACGUCCAUCGUGCGGUCAACGCUCGGCCGCCUCUUUCGUGAGCCGUCCCAGCGCAACAUGAUCCCGGCGGUGCUCUACCACCUCCACAAGUGCCUCGACGACUACCCGGCGCAGGCACGGUUUGUGCAAAACCUUCUGGCGAACGCCGUGGCGCCGCUCCCGAUCGACGGCGGCUCGGACCUCCUCCACGACGCCAUUGUCUACAACGAGCUUUGGGCGUCGCCAACACCGACGCUGGUCGAGCUACAGGCACAAGCCGCCGCAACGACGUGGCAGCCAACAAACAACAUUGCGCAGCGCCUCGUCGACUACUGUCUCUACACGGGCGGUAGCCGUGACGGCGCCUGCCGUGACGUGCCGUCCCCACGCAUGACCUUUGCGUAUGCCCACGACACGUACUGGAAUGUGUCGGCCACGUUACCGGGCAGUACAAGUGUGCUUCUCCUCUCAAGCGACUUGGAUGCGCAGACGCUGCCUGUGUACGCUUUGGCUGCGAAUGCGUCGCUCGCCAGUGCGAAGACGCGGCUCUUGCGCUUCCCGAACGGCGGUCACUCGGUGCUCUCGACAGCGUUGACGCCGGGCGGGAGCUGUGGUGCGCAGUUGCUCGAUCAAUUCGUCGCGACCAGCGGCAAUGUCGCGGCGCUGGACGUCUCGUGCAUGGCAGCGAUCCCAGCGCUGCGGUUUGAUGUCGUGUACGAUGCGGAGAAGGCGAGUGAGCUAUUUGACUCGGCUACCGACAUGUAUGGCCCGCUGCGAGUCGUCGCAGCGCAAGCCUCGGACGCAACGGCUAGAGCCUACGACGACAGCUACCUUCUCGCGGGCGUCGGUGCUGUCGCGGGUGUCGCGAUGGCGGUUGGCUUGGCGGCGCUCGUCAAACUACGUUCUCACCAGCGCACGCGCCGGCGAACGCUCGUGCCCCAAGACGCCGACGACCUGCCGCCCACCGUUGUCGCCGUGCUCCGGCGCGCCUCCAUGGCGGACGACCUCGAAGAGUGCAAAGACAGUGACGACGACAACGACGACAAUACCUCGGACCAAAGUAGAACAGUGUAAUAGCAGGCGGUCAUACUACAGUCUUCGUCUCGA